GUGCUGCAGAGUGCGUCUUUUCCCGUUGUGAGUAAAGUCUAAGGAGGCUUUAUAAACAGAAGACCCCACUUGUCAACUUCAAACUUGACUUCUUGAACAGUUGCUGUAUUCUAGUAGUCAUCGACACAUUAUUCCCGCUUUUCAGAAUGUCUACAGAAAACUUCAGAAUGCCCACAGAGAACUUUUCAGGUGGGUCUUGAGCGUUGGCUUGAUUGUACAUAUUGAUCAUUAGGGUAUUGAUUAUUGCAGCGUUUUUUCUUGCAUUUUAGUCCUGCUGUUGUAGAUUUUUAAUGUGGAUUGAUUUCAAAUAGCCUGAUUUUGUUUGGAUUGAUUUUAAAUAGCCUGAUUUUGUUUGGUAUCAAUUAUUUAGUUUUUAAUGGCAUAUAAAUAUAUAUUUUAAGUAUCACUUCAGGCCUAUUAUUAAUAGGCUAAUUAAAAUACAUGUGUAAAGUAAUUAAAUUAAAUCAUUGAAUUGAAUUAUUCUCACUCUAACUAAAACCAUAUUCGAAAUCCCCUAUCAGACUUGGAGCUGGAGCUAACUGGUCUGCUCCAGGAGUUCGCUGACGUGGUUGAGGAGUUGAGAGAGCCUUCCCAAAGCGUCCCGUACGCAUACGAGCGGCUCCUGUCUGAAGCCAAACGGCGCACCGGGCUAGGGGAUGACCGCUCAGUGGUCAGCGACAGCGGCGUGGAGGACAAUAGUGACUGCAGUGAGUAGCCUUUAGGUCUAAACCUUUAUGGUCGUUGUUGGGUGUCCCAUACAUACGUGGAGGAGGGCGCGUGAUGUUUGUGCGUAAAAGGUGACUCAGAUGGAGAAUAGCGGGAGAGUACGCCUGUGGGUAGCCGCGGUUUGAACCCACACUUGACAGUUUUCACUGGCGACAUCAUCGGCUCAUGAACAUGCAUCAACUUUACAUGAAAAUAGAGAGUAACGCAAAAUAACACUAUUUCAACUAAUACACCUUUGCUCCAUUAAAUUUAAUGGAUGUGCAUGACUGUCUGUGGAUGAAGGGCUGCAUUAUCUUAUUUAGCACCUCAUUCAAUCUGAAAGUUAUAUUCAGCUUUAGCUGUCAGAAUGGUCCUCUGUAGCUCAGUUGGUAGAGCAUGGAGCUUGUAAUGCCAGGAUUGUGGGUUUGAUUCAUGGGACCACCCAUAUGUAAAAUGUAUGCACGCAUGACUGUAAGUUGCUUUGUAUAAAAGCACUACUAAUUGGAAUAUAUUAGUUGUGUUCUUGUGGUCUAACCUCCUCUCGCUCUCUCAUCCCAUCCUCCAGGCAGUGAGGCGUCUCUGGUUAACAGUUUGAACACCAGUGAAGAAGAGCUCCACACUGCAGGCAUAAAAGUGACAGCCAAAGGUAAGGAGACCUAAACCAGUACAUCUCAACCCAUCAGUUGACCAUCUAAACCAGCUCUGAGCUAUCUGACCAGCUAGAGUUGUAGUAGGACAGUGUUUUCCAACCCUGGUCCUCGAGUACCCCCAACAGUCCACAUUUGAAUCAUCAAGCCCUCAGUGAGUUGAAUGGUAUGUGUGUUUGUCAAGGGCUACAACGAAAACUGUGUACUGUUGGGGGUACUCGAGGACCAGGGUUGGGAAACACUGUAGUAGGAGAUCACUAUCAGUCCAUACACAGAUCACUAUCACAUUUACACAGAUAAUUAGUGCAUUACCAUCGAUCACCAUUGAGUUGAGUUUACACGACAAAGCUUGGCUGCGGUGCUUCUACAGCCUGUCUCCUGCAGGGCUAUCGAGCCUCAUCUGGGCAGGGUGGAGGGGGGGCUUAGGGUUUUGUAUAGGUGUGUGUGUCAGGGUGAAAGGGGCCACAUUGUCUAAUGUGGAUGAGGGAAUAAUGUUAAUGGAAAGACCACAGAGUGCUGGUUGAGGGGGCACCUGUCUGUCUGUCUCCAUUAUACUGGCACACAAGGCACUACUUAAGACAUGCAUUAUACAGUACAUACAUAACACUACUUCAGACAUACAUUAGACAUACAUAACACUACUUAAGACAUACAUUAGACAUACAUAACACUACUUAAGACAUGCAUUAGACAUACAUAACACUACUUAAGACAUGCAUUAGACAUACAUAACACUACCUAAGACAUACAUUAGACAUACAUAAAACUACUUAAGACAUGCAUUAGACAUACAUAACACUACUUAAGACAUACAUUAGACAUACAUAACACUACUUAAGACAUACAUUAGACAUACAUAACACUACUUAAGACAUACAUUAGACAUACAUAACACUACUUAAGACAUACAUUAGAGAUACAUAACACUACUUAAGACAUGCAUUAGACAUACAUAGCAUUACAUAAAGCAUUCAUAAGCCAUACAUAAGCUAAACAUAACACUAUAAGGUCCAUGUCGGUCAGUCUGAGGUGUGCUGCAGGCGCCUCACUGGCUCAGUUGAGUUUUAUAUAUUAUGGGCUGUUUAAGAUGUGAUUUUUAUAAAGCCAGCUGAAUAAGAGUCUGUGAAUCUUAUUUUCCAUCUUGGUUAAACAAGGGGUUGUAUCCUGACUCCUUCUGUGUGUUCCAAAUGAUACCCUAUUUCCUAUAUAGUCCACUACAUUUGACCAGGGCCCUUAGGGCUCUAGGGAAUAUGGUGCCAUUUGGGAUGCAGGUUCUUCUUAUAUAAUUCUGGGAGUUGGAUCACAUUUCCUGCUCUGGUCCAAAGGAGGAAAUGCCAGUGAACUUAGAACUGUUACUGCUGCGUCUCUCCACAGAAAUGUUCCAUUCCACCACUCUCUAUUUCUCCUUUCUCACAUGCUCUCCUUUUUCUCUGCAGCCAGGAUGGGAGACACAGGAGACCUACAGAGAUUCAUCGACAGUUUGGACCGGGAACUUGCUGGUAUGCAUCUCAAAACAAAACAAAAAUUCCCCACAACCUGACAAUGCCAUUAUAUCCCUUUAGUCUAGUGUUUCAAUCUCUUUAUAACCCUUUAGUCUAGUGUUUCAAUCUCUUUAUACCCCUUUAGUCUAGUGUUUCAAUCUCUUUAUACCCCUUUAGUCUAGUGUUUCAAUCUCUUUAUACCCCUUUAGUGGUUCUAUGCCAGCUGAGCUCAGUAUAUCCUGCAGUCUAUUUUCUAUUGCUGUCCCUUCCCAGUUAAACCUACUACCUGGCCUCAGUGGCCUGCACUAUUUACUGCUGGUUAGGCCUUUAAUAUUAUUCAUUUAUUUACUGCUGGUUAGGCCUUUAAUAUUAUACAUUCCCCUUUCCAUUGAGAUGCUAACAUGUAGAGCGGCUAGUAGCCAGUAGCCUACAAGCCGUAUAGUGCACUGCUUUUGACCAGAGCCCUAUGGGGAAAUAAAGCCCUAAAGGGAAUAGGGUGCCAUUUGGAACUCAGACUCUGGGUCUCAUCCCUGCAGUAUCUAGCUGAAUCCCAGAGCUCCUCUAGUGUCAUCCCUGCAGUAUCUAGCUGAAUCCCAGAGCUCCUCUAGUGUCAUCCCUGCAGUAUCUAGCUGAAUCCCAGAGCUCCUCUAGUGUCAUCCCUGCAGUAUCUAGCUGAAUCCCAGAGCUCCUCUAGUGUCAUCCCUGCAGUAUCUAGCUGAAUCCCAGAGCUCCUCUAGUGUCAUCCCUGCAGUAUCCAGUGAAUCCCAGAGCUCCUCUAGUGUCAUCCCUGCAGUAUCCAGUGAAUCACAGAGCUCCUCUAGUGUCAUCCCUGCAGUAUCCAGUGAUUCACAGAGCUCCUCUAGUGUCAUCCCUGCAGUAUCCAGUGAUUCACAGAGCUCCUCUAGUGUCAUCCCUGCAGUAUCCAGUGAUUCACAGAGCUCCUCUAGUGUCAUCCCUGCAGUAUCCAGUGAUUCACAGAGCUCCUCUAGUGUCAUCCCUGCAGUAUCCAGUGAAUCCCAGAGCUCCUCUAGUGUCAUUCCUGCAGUAUCCAGUGAUUCACAGAGCUCCUCUAGUGUCAUCCCUGCAGUAUCCAGUGAUUCACAGAGCUCCUCUAGUGUCAUCCCUGCAGUAUCCAGUGAUUCACAGAGCUCCUCUAGUGUCAUCCCUGCAGUAUCUAGCUGAAUAACAGAGCUCCUCUAGUGUCAUCCCUGCAGUAUCUAGCUGAAUAACAGAGCUCCUCUAGUGUCAUCCCUGCAGUAUCUAGCUGAAUCCCAGAGCUCCUCUAGUGUCAUCCCUGCAGUAUCUAGCUGAAUAACAGAGCUCCUCUAGUGUCAUCCCUGCAGUAUCUAGCUGAAUCACAGAGCUCCUCUAGUGUCAUCCCUGCAGUAUCCAGUGAAUCACAGAGCUCCUCUAGUGUCAUCCCUGCAGUAUCCAGUGAUUCACAGAGCUCCUCUAGUGUCAUCCCUGCAGUAUCCAGUGAUUCACAGAGCUCCUCUAGUGUCAUCCCUGCAGUAUCCAGUGAUUCACAGAGCUCCUCUAGUGUCAUCCCUGCAGUAUCUAGCUGAUUAACAGAGCUCCUCUAGUGUCUGCAGGGUUGAGGUGGGCUAUCUACAUGCCCUCCAGUGAUAAUAGUCUAUAGUACAUGACUAUCACUGUGACCACUAUCAGUAGAGAGGCAGUGCUGUUUCAGAGAACACACAGACGUAGAUACGCAGACACCCAUACACAACCACGCACACACACACACACACACACACACACACACACACACACACACACACACACACACACACACACACACACACACACACACACACACACACACACACACACACACACACCCAUACACAACCACGCACACACAAACACAAACACACACAAACACACGCGCAGACAUGCACGCAGACUCACACACACACAUACACACACAUGCUAUCAGUGGGCCAGAGACACAGAGAAGUGCUGUUCCCCAUUAAUCAUGACUGCUCUCGGCAUCUGUACCAGGCUGCUGCAUGCUAAUGACUGUCUGUCUGUCUGUCUGUCUGUCUGUCUGUCUGUCUGUCUGUCUGUCUGUCUGUCUGUCUGUCUGUCUGUCUGUCUGUCUGUCUGUCUGUCUGUCUGUCUGUCUGUCUGUCUGUCUGUCUGUCUGUCUGUCUGUCUGUCUGUCUGUCUGUCUGUCUGUCUGUCUGACUGACUGUCUGUCUGUCUGUCUGUCUGUCUGUCUGACUGUCUGUCUGUCUGUCUGUCUGUCUGGCUGUCUGUCUGACUGUCUGUCUGUCUGUCUGUCUGUCUGUCUGUCUGUCUGUCUGACUGACUGUCUGUCUGUCUGACAGAGAUGUGAGCGGAGAGCAAGAGACAAGAGACGUAGAUGGAGAGAUGGAGAGAGAUGGAGAUGGAGAAAGACGGAGAUGGUGAGAUGGAGAUGGAGAGAGACGGAGAUGGAGAGAGACGGAGAGAGAGACGGAGAGAGAUGGAGACACAGAGAGAGAGAUGGAGAGAUACAGAGAGAGAGACAGAGAGAGACGGAGAGAGAGACGGAGAGAGACGGAGAGACGGAGAGAGAUGGAGAGAGAGAGAGAUGGAGAGAGAGGCGGAGAGAGACGGAGCAAGACGGGGAGAGCGAGAUGGAGAGAGACGGAGAGGGAGAGAGAUGGAAAGAGAUGGAGAGAGACGGAGAGAUGGAGAGAGAGAUGGAGAGAGAUGGAGAGAGAUGGAGAGAGAGAUGGAGAGAGAGAGAUGAGAGACAGAGACGGAGAGAGAUGGAGAGAGAGACGUAGAGGGAUGGAGAGGGUUGGAGAGAGACACAGACAUACACACAGAUUUAAAAUAGCACAGUUCUGUUCUGUUCUGUUCGGAGAAAGCCAGCUCUCUCCUGGCCCCUCUGGGAAAAAGAGGUUAAACAUGAGGAAUUAAAAGGGCAUGAUGUUUCAAUAGCUAGAACACUACUGGACCUGAGGUGAUAGACUACAUCCCUUCCCUCAGACUGGUGACGUAUUCACAGCUAAAUGAAGCUGUUUUAUAGUCAACGUGUAUCUCUUCAAUAGGAGAACAUUAACGUGUAUCUCUUCAAUAGGAGAACA